AGUCCUCACAGACCCGGAAGUGACGUGUCGUGUAACAUCAGUAGCACCAGCAACAACAGCAGCAGUGGAAAUGAAGCUGGACAACGAUGAUGACGAUGUGGCUUUAUUUGAUGCUGAGGAAGAUUCAGCCUCAAGAAAGAACAAAAUCAAGCAUCCGGUGGCGUCCUUCUUCCACCUGUUCUUCAGGGUCACUGCCAUUCUGGUCUACCUUCUGUGUGGUUCAGUUGGUGGAUCCUUCAUCGCCUGUUUGGUCACCAUCAUCCUCCUCCUGUCAUGUGACUUCUGGACUGUGAAGAAUAUUACCGGCCGUCUGAUGGUGGGUUUGCGCUGGUGGAAUCAAGUGGAUGAUGAUGGAAAAAGCCAUUGGGUGUUUGAGUCUAGAAAGGCCAGUGGGACUCAGUCUUCAGCACCCCGUUCCUCAAACUCAGAGUCUCGUAUCUUCUGGCUGGGUCUGAUCAUCUGCCCCAUCAUCUGGAUCAUCUUUGCUUUCUUUACGCUCGUCUCCUUUAAGAUCAAAUGGCUGGCCGUGGUGAUUUUGGGAGUGGUGUUACAGGGGGCCAAUCUCUACGGAUAUGUGCGCUGUAAAGUAGGAGCCAGAACAAACCUGAAGAACAUGGCCACAAAUUACUUUGGACGGCAGUUUCUAAAACAGGCUUUCACAAAACAAGAGGAGUCUUAGGAAGGAGCGUCUGACCUUCAGAAUUCUCACCAAUUCCAUUAAAUAACUUUUAAUGUUAUAUUUUUUAAGAAUGAUUAAAAUAAAGGGCAAUGGUUGCUUUGGAAAUGGUGACUGAUUUUUUUGUUGUUUUUUUUGUCAACCACAAUUUAUUAAAUAAUGUGUUUGACAUAUAAAAUACCUUUAACUUCUUUAUAGUUUUUGUUUAUUAUCUAACUAACUUAAAGUGUUUUGUUAUAUAAUAUUGCAUGACAUCAUGCAUUAUGCUUCUGUUUUGCGGACAGAAACAGAUGUACAUAUUUAUAUACUGCUGUAAAUUACUGUAUACUUUCUGUAUUUAAUUGUAUGAAGGUUGAUGACUGAUUGAUUGAUUGUAUCUCAUGUUCAGUGAAUUUAGGAAAUAAAUGGAGUUUUGAGUACAA